AUUUAAAACAAAAUUAAAUAAAAAUUAAUUAAAAUAUUUUAAAAUCAUUUCAAUUGUUCGGUACAAAAAAAUAUUGUUCAACAAAUUAAGAAAACAAUAAAGAAAUAAAAUAAAAAACUAAAAUCAUGAACACGAAACGUGUUGCACAUAUAACUGUCAUCAAAUGACAAAUGCUUGACAGCAUCAAUCAGCAACUAUUACGACAACAAAAACAACAAAUAUAUUUCCAGCAGCAACAUCAACAUAAUCACCAUACAUUUGAUUGUUUAAAAAAUUUCAAAAUUAUGGCCGGUUUUCGUAAACGUGGCUGUCGUACACGCACUUGGUUUCUACUCAAGGACUCGGUAAUCUUUGUCAUAAUCAUGUGCGUUCUACAAAUCUAUUUUCAAUCAACUUUCCAAUUAAUAAAUGGUGAAAUAAUAAAAACAGACAAUAAAAUAGAGCCCAGCAAGGGUCGUCGACAAACUGCCACAAAUGAAAAGGAUGCUUUCGAAGAAAACAUCCUGCUCGAGGAGAGUAGUGUAAGAAAAGUGCUAGAAAAUUUAACCAAAGAUGAAUUUAGUGUAGUCGAUGUAAAUAAUAUUAAGAUAGAGGAAAAAAUUAUAUUUAAAACAAAUUUUAAGAAAAAUCAAAAUAAACUAAAUAGUAAUAAAAAACCAAAUGAUAUGGAAAAGCAAAGAAUAGAGGCGGCAAGGAUAACAGCAGCGGCAAAAGCUGAAGAUAAGUUCGAAGAGGAGGAAAAUGCAAAUGAAACAUUUGCAGGUGAACAAAAAACAAAAGCAAAUGUAUUAAAGAAGUUCUCUAACAAAGAGAACACUAACACUGCAACAUACACUAACGUGACUAAUACUACUUCCACCGAAUAUCCUGUCACUACCACAAAAAAGUCAACACUUAUUGGUGGCACUGGUGGUGUUAGCAAUCUUUUUGGCAUACGUGAAAAUGUCAUGCUACCCUCGGAGGAUCCCGAACGAGAGGCUCAAAUUUUAUAUGAAAAGACUCUUAAAGAGUAUCAUGUUAAUAACUUAGAUGCUGCUUCAUCGUCAUCAUCUUCUUCCUCAUCCUCCUCCUCUUCAUCGUCAUCAUCAUCAUCAUCAUCUGGUGUUGUGUCUGAUACAGACACUGAAGCUGCCACACCACAACGUUCUUUACAUACGGUCUGUGAUAAAUGGUCACAGAAACAUUGUCAUUGUACGGGUACAUUGGGUCGUUUAUCCUUGAAUUGUCGCAACAUUGGAAUAUUAGCUGUACCAGUGGAUUUACCCAGUGAUACUGUUGUUUUCACCACCAAGUUAGGCAUUCUAGGAAAGUCUUCAUCAUUUAUUAUUGUCAAUAAAUUACUGCCAAGAUUCCUGUACAAAUAUUAUUACAAUCUGAGUAAAAAAUUUGGCACUCAAAUGCAUGAUAUUUGGGAUAACUUCGGACAAGACUUUACCUAUCCCGGCAAUAUACCUACCUAUAUGGAGGAAUAUUUCGAUGAAGAUGCUGUUGCCACGGGCACUGGCGGCAAUACACCAACAGGUACUGCUCCAACAUUUGCUGGUUCAUUUGGUGGUGGCGGUCUGUUUGCCACUAUAGGCUCUGAGCACACACCGGGAAGUAUACAAUGUUUGCCAAUGCCAGGACCCUUCCUACCCUGUGCCGAUUUAUUUGAUUGGUGGACUCUGCGGUGUGGUGUAUGGGUGGUGUUUCUAUUGGCUUUGUUGGGAAAUGGUACCGUGGUGUUUGUUUUGAUAUUUUCAAGAUCCAAAAUGGAUGUGCCACGAUUUUUGGUGUGCAAUUUGGCAGCGGCGGAUUUCUUUAUGGGUAUUUAUCUGGGUAUUUUAGCCAUAGUGGAUGCAUCUACGCUGGGUGAAUUUAGAAUGUUUGCUAUACCCUGGCAAAUGUCUGUAAUGUGUCAGAUAGCAGGCUUUUUGGCGGUCUUAUCUUCAGAGUUGUCGGUGUAUACAUUGGCGGUGAUUACACUGGAACGCAAUUAUGCCAUAACACAUGCCAUUCAUUUGAAUAAGCGUUUAUCGUUGAAACAGGCUGCCUAUAUAAUGGUAGUGGGUUGGUCUUUUGCCUUAAUCAUGGCCAUGUUACCCCUGGUGGGUAUUUCCGAUUACCGAAAAUUUGCCGUAUGUUUACCGUUUGAGACCACUACGGGCAUAGCGAGUCUGUCUUAUGUUAUAGCUCUGAUGAUUAUAAAUGGUUGUGCCUUUCUGACGCUUAUGGGCUGUUAUUUGAAGAUGUAUUGGGCUAUAAGAGGUUCACAAGCCUGGAAUACUAAUGACUCUAGAAUAGCCAAACGUAUGGCCUUGUUGGUAUUUACGGAUUUUUUAUGCUGGUCUCCCAUAGCGUUUUUCUCUAUAACCGCUAUUUUUGGUUUACAAUUGAUUUCUCUGGAACAGGCUAAAAUAUUUACGGUGUUUAUAUUACCUUUGAACUCCUGCUGUAACCCGUUUCUAUAUGCCAUCAUGACUAAACAAUUUAAAAAGGAUUGCGUAAAUUUGUGCAAACAUUUCGAAGAGACAAGAGUUACUAGAGGAGCGGGAGCUAUGGCCAGAAGAGGUGUGGGCGCAGAGCGACUACCAAAGGAACUGCCACCCUUGUUGCCAGCCGUACAUCCACCAGGUUGUAGAUGUUUACGUAUGAUGCCUAGUGAAAUGCCUAACUGGCAUAAAAUACAGGAGAAAGAAGGCUCCAUUUGGUCACGCACUUGGCAGAGGUUAUGGACGCAUUGCACUUGCUGUGUAGCCUGCUGUGAAAGAAAUCAACCUCAACGUUUGGAUGGCCGAAGGAGUAGAGUAUCGAGAAGCAAUAAAAAUGAUCCUUAUCAGUAUCAAUUUUCUGAAAUCAAACAGAAGAAACAAACUCGAGCCGGUUCUAUAUCAAGUGAAAAUUUCUGUUCUUCACGUUCGUCAAGUUGGCGUAAUGGUAAUCCCACUGGUAAUCAUUUAACAGGACAUGCACAUGGUCAUACUUGUGCCAUACCCAUGAAAAUGAUGGAUCCCAAUAGAAGAAGGCACUCUGCCUGGCUGAUAACAAGAAAAACAUCACAAGACUCAAAUUUAUCUUCAUCACGUAAUGACUCCUCGGCUUCGGCCACCACAGCGAGUACUUCAACAUUUCGAUUAUCUAGAUCAAGUGCUGGAAGUACUACACCCUUGCCAUCCAUUAUUACCCAUAGUAACAAAAUACCCCAUCCCCAAUUUGCCUCUACACUACCCAAACCUCGUUUGGUGCGCCAGGAAGCCGUACAAGAGGAAGAAGACACUUCACCACCUCGUUUGGGUGUACGCUUUCUACCCACCAUACCCUCAGCGGCCGAUAGUUCGGUGAUUUUGGAAGAUGGUGAUUCUGGUUUAAUGUCCAGUAUAACAGGUCUUUAUAAUAAUUUACAAAAUACACCUCAGACUGGCAAAUCCUGUGCAAUAAAUACCUCAACUGCCACACCCACAAACACCAACACCAGCAACAACAACCCACAAGCAUUAGCUCAAACCAAACAAGAAACGCAACAACAACAACAACCGCCUGAAACACUGCCACGACCUCAAGAUAAACCACCAUGAUACGUGAGGCAAAAACAAAGGACAAUAUUUUUUAAGUUAUCGAAAGCUAACCACAUGAAGGAAGCUUUUCUUUAGGAGAUUAUUUAGAAAAGGCAUGCAUAUAUAUUAGUUUAAGUAAAAAUAGGAAAGCGAAGGAAAGGGAUUGUUGAAGAAUAUGAGGGGGAAUUUGAAAAUUUAGUUUUUCGUUAAAUCAUUUAAAUAAAAUUUCAUAAAUUUUAAACCAUUUUGUAAAAUUUUUAUGAAAAUUUAAUUUUUUUCUGGAAUUUAGUUUUUUACCCAGAAUUCCUAAAUCGGGGAUUUUUGAAAAGUUUUUGGGAAUUAACAAAUUUAUGAAUUUUUUAAAUUGCAAACAAUAGUUAAGCGUUAUUUAUCUAAUCUGUCAACAUUUUUGUAUAAAACUUGUAGUUUUUCCCCCAAAUUCCUGAAUUGGGGAUUUUUUUCAAACAGUUUUUGGGAAUGUAAAUUUAAAAGGUUUUUGGGAAUUCAAUUUAAACAGUAUUUUAUUAAUUAAACACUUUUAUAUAACACUUUUUUUUCAUUUGCUUCAUUUUUUGAGUUAAUCUUUUGAAAUCCUUUAAAAAGGGAUUUUGAAAAACUUUUUCGGAAUUCAAAUAAAAUUUAUAGUUUUAUCAAAUUUAUAAGCAGUCUUUAAUAUUAUUCUUUUUCAGCCACAAAAUUUGAUUUUUUAUGAUUAUUUAUUUGUAAAUUGCCCUUUUUUCAUUUUCCUA